AAUGAGAAUAUUGCAGGAGUGGGAGAAGCGAACUGAUGCUACAAUUGGCCAGCUUCUAAGUUUUUUGAAGAAAUUGGGGAGACACAGUGUGAUUCAAGAUAUUCUUCCACUUAUAGAAAAAGAUGCAAAAGCCUAUUUGAAAAAAAGGUCAAUAUCUCAAAAAAUUCCUCUGCAAGUUCCAGAAGUUACAUCUUUUCCGCAUGAUGAUUUUCAAGUAAGAAAUGAUGGUAAUACUUUGACUUGUGAUGAUGUCAAAACAGGAGUUACAUCUUGUCAGGGAAAUGAUUUUCAAGUGAGAAAUAAUGGUAAUGCUUUGACUUGUGAUGAUGUCAGAACAGGCGAAAUUACUUUAUUUGAUGCAUAUUUGUGUUAUGCUGAUGAAAAUGAAGGCGCUGCUCUAGCAUUGGCUGAAAUAUUAGAAUCACAAAGCUUCCGAUUGUAUAUACCUCAUAGAGAUUCUCUUCCUGGUCAAGAUGAAAUAAUAAGCAAUAUCCAGAUGAUCAAAGAAAGGUGCAGAAGAAUGCUAAUAAUACUGUCCCCAGAAUUUCCUACAAGUAGAGCUUGUGAUUUUCAGAUAGGCUUUGCUACAUCUUUAGCUAUUGAACAAAGAAGGAGGAUUUUGAUACCUAUAAUUGUGGCUCCUGUGAAUAAAUCUGAAAUUCCAUCAGUGAUCAGACAUAUUUCAAAAGUCGAUUUUACAAAACUGGAUAUUCGGGAGUGGGCUUGGGAGAAACUAAUUUGUUCUUUAGGCUCAAGUCAAAAAUGUGAUAUCAAUUCUGUAAUCAGGUCAGUGCUUGAAAAAAUUACAUUAGGUGCUACUGGUAUAUGCUCAGAAAACUUCAUUUUAGCUCAUGCUAGGGCUUCGAUAGAGGUUCCUCAAAGUUAUAUUACAAACUCCAAUUCUGCUCCUGCUAAUACUUCUAUAGGGGAUUCCUGCUAAUUUCCUCCUAGCAAAAGUGAUGAUGCUAUUUUAAAUAACAAUUCAUUCAUGCAAGGGCCCAUCCCAGGGGCGGAUACAGACGAGCAUUUUAGGGGUGCGGGUGAGGCUGAAAAAAAGAGACAUUCGGGGACAUGUAAAAUUUCUGGAGCUGUUUGUGUGUCAAUAAAGAGCACCAAAUUGGCCAGGAAAAAGGUGCCUAUUAUGGCAUAAACUUUAAUGAGUGUAGAAGCAAUGAAGUAAAUAUUCCUUUAAAUAAAAAAUUAACAAAGCAAAAAGAUGACAGGAAAUGCAUUUUAUUUGAACUAUUUGAACACAAUAUGUAAUAAUAAAUUUUGAACACAAUAUGUAAUAAUAAAUUUGGAUGAUAGUCUACAUUCAUCCAUGUUGUGGGAAGAUUUCGAUAUGGUAGACUCUUGGCGACUUUUUAAACUGUCGCCAUUUUUUUUUCCGCCAAAGCCUAGAAGCUAUUGCCGCUGAAAAAUUGU